AUGAUGCUGUCUCGUCGUGCGUGCUACAAGUGUGGCAACAUUGGCCACUAUGCUGAGGUCUGCUCUUCCUCUGAGCGUCUUUGCUACAACUGCAAGCAGCCUGGCCACGAGUCUAGCGCCUGCCCUCGCCCUCGCACCACCGAGACCAAGCAGUGCUACAACUGCCAGGGCCUCGGCCACGUCCAAGCCGACUGCCCAACCCUCCGCCUAAACGGCGCCAACGGCCGCUGCUACAACUGCAGCCAACCGGGCCACCUCGCCCGCAACUGCCCCAACCCCUCCGCCGCUGGCUCUGCCCCCCGUACCCCCCGCAACUUCAACCCCAACUUCCGUGGUAACUUCGCCGGCUAUCCCCGCGCCGCCACCUGCUACAAGUGCGGCGGCCCCAACCACUUCGCCCGCGACUGCCAGGCCCAGGCCAUGAAGUGCUACGCCUGCGGCAAGCUCGGCCACAUCUCCCGUGACUGCACCGCUCCCAACGGCGGCCCCCUCAGCUCCGCCGGUAAGGUCUGCUACAAGUGCGCGCAGGCCGGCCACAUCUCCCGCGACUGCCCGACCAACACUGCCGCCGCCGACGCGACUGGUGUGAUUGAGGCCGGUGAGGCCGUUGACGCUGCCCCUGUCCCGGCUUCUGUCCCGGCCCCCGUCGAGGCAGCUGCUGAGGCGCCUGUUGCGACUGCGGCUCCUACUACCGCUGUUGCGUAG